UUCAUCAAGAUUCUAAUUUGCAACCCCCCAUGCACACCUUUCUCUCUCUCUCAUACUGUAAAAGUGGAUAUGCCUUAAAACCCAUGCACCUAUUUAAACCUUCUUAGAAGGAUCCAUAGAGUCACUCAUUAAACUUUUACACAACCCUUUUUCUCCUUUGUAUUUAUAUUUCCUGUGAGCUUCAGGGUUGCCUGCAUUGAGAAAGGGGCAGAAGGCUUCCUCUAGCACCCAAAACUGCACCUUUGCUCCAUCUCAGCUCCUGCCCAUCCUUUUCCAUCAUUGUUUCUCUGAUUCCUUUCAUUCUUUCUCUGCAACACCUUUAUCCUUUCCACCAGCAUGUCUGGCUUAUAUACUCAUAGCUUCUCCCCUGCUAGAGCCGUCUCCUCAGAUAUAAAUAGCACAGCAGAUAUAGACAGCCGGUACUUGGCGGAGCUGUUGGCAGAACAUCAAAAGCUUGGGCCUUUCAUGCAGGUUCUUCCUAUUUGUAACCAUUUGCUGAAUCAAGAGAUUAUACGAGUCUCAGGAAUUGUUCCCAACCAAUGGUUCGGUGACUGUAACCGACUGCAGCACAGAAGUCCCAGUCCCAUGGCUACUCCAUUCCUUAAUUCCGAUGCUGGGGGGACUGAUUUUGGUGUUUGGAGUGGAUACCCACAGGAGAAGGGAUUAGGUUUUCCACAAAGAUUUACAAUGGAUCAGCGAGGAGCAACAGGUCCAAGCUCAUGCAUUAUAAAGAAGAUAUUACGCUUAGAAGUCCCAGUGAAUGCCUAUCCUAAUUUCAAUUUUGUUGGGCGCCUUCUCGGACCCAGGGGUAAUUCACUGAAAAGAGUUGAAGCAUCAACUGGAUGUCGUGUUUACAUUAGAGGAAAGGGUUCAAUAAAAGAUCCUGUCCAGGAGGAAAAACUGAGGGGAAGACCAGGUUACGAACACUUAAAUGGUCCAUUGCAUAUAUUGAUUGAGGCCGAAUUACCAGCAAAUGUCAUUGAGACUAGACUGAGACAUGCACAGGAAGUUAUAGAAGAGCUGCUGAAACCAGUGGAUGAAUCACAAGACUAUUAUAAGAGGCAACAGCUUAGAGAAUUAGCCUUGUUAAAUUCAAGUUUGAGAGAUGACAGCCCUCAUCCAUGCGGCAGCGCUUCUCCAUUUAAUAGCGGAAUAAGAGGAACAAAAACAGGACAGUAGAAUCAUUUACUCCUCUCUGAUGGUCUAGAAAGUUUCAUUCAACCUACUCUUUGCCUUGUCAUCAUUUCCUUGUAAAAAUGGUCUUCUUCAAAGGAGUUAAAAUGUGGCCACUUUAUUGUUUGUUCUACUCAGUCAUCUUCAGAUGGAAAGAAACUAUCAAAGUCUCCUAUGUACCAUACAUAAACCUAAAAUAUUCUUUUCAUUCA